AAUUUCUUCGCGGCUUUUCAAUUUUCAUAAAAAAGAUGAAGAAGCGGUCACAAAAAUCUCCCGCCAAAUUAAAAUGCGUCCCGUAUAUAUAGAAAAUUUCUAGACUGGUCAAAACAUUUUCUAGCUUCGCCUACUUCCAUUUCAAAUCGGCGAUUAGGGUUUUGCAUUCAAGAUCCGUUUAUCUUUUCCCUGAAAGCUUAGGGCUUCCGAUUCCUACACGCAGGUUGCAGGGAAGGAUGAGUGUCGUCAACCUCACAAAUGUCACCGUUUUGGACAAUCCGGGGCCGUUUCUCAAUCCUUUUCAAUUUGAGAUCUCUUACGAAUGCCUCACUUCCCUGAAAGACGAGGAUGAAACUUAUGACCAACUCUUGGAAAGUGUUUUGGUUGGGCCUGUAAAUGUUGGCAAAUACCGAUUUCUGCUUCAGGCAGAUCCCCCAGACCCAUCUAAAAUCCGCGAAGAAGAUAUUAUUGGUGUCACAGUAUUACUAUUGACAUGCUCUUAUAUGGGACAAGAGUUUAUUCGGGUGGGAUACUAUGUCAACAAUGACUAUGAUGAUGAGCAACUACGAGAGGAGCCUCCUCAAAAGGUUUUGAUUGAUAGGGUCCAGAGAAAUAUUCUGGCCGACAAACCCAGAGUCACAAAGUUCCCUAUUAAUUUUCAACCGGAGAAUACUGAAAAUGGUGAACAAUCUCUAUUACCUGAACACGCUACCGAAAUUGAUGCACAUGCAGGAGAAACUGUUUCAUCUCCUGACCAUCGCUCUGAUGUCCGGUCUCCAUAAAGCUUGAGAACCAAGAGUGUGAUCCUAGAAGCUCUUCUAUUGAGAUUUCAAAGGCAGUUUUGUCAUGGUAAUUGUUUAGCCUAUAGAAAUGAGCUUCACGUUGGAUUGAUCCAUACUAGGUUUCUAAGGUUGUAAUACAAGCUGUAUACUGUAAUGUGCCGAUUUGGUAGAAUAGUUUACAGAUUGAAUUCAGGUAUUGUAAUUGUGUCUAUCUUGCGUGUUUACAGUUCUCUCUGGGUAUUUGAAUCACAUCUGCGCAUUUUUUAAUUUGCACA